AUGUCUUUACUCUCUACUCGUAACAUUCGUGUGUUACUCUCGGCUUUGGCUAUCUUCGGGAUUGUCAUUUUCUUUGCCACAUCUCAAAAUAGUCUUGGAGCUUCUGUUCAAAGAGUUAAACCGGCUUCAACUGGUGAUGAUUCUAUUCCCUACACUAAUGAACAUGCCGAUGAAGAUGCUAAUACUUUACAAGGUAAACCACUUCAAGGCUCAGAGCCUCCUUAUUCUCAAGAAAAGGAACUUCCACCAUUAGGAGAUGUUGAUAAAGUACCACAAGAUCAAGGUAAAGUUAGUCCUCCAAGUAGUGGUGGAAAACCAAAGAUCGUGGCUGAUAAAUCUUCUUCAUCAUCCGCUAAUAAUGAUAAACAAAAUGUUGGAACUACUGUUGAUUCUCCUGCCGCCGCUGCUGCUGCUGCCGGUGGUGCUCCAGCUGUUGCUAAACCUAAAGUAGGUGGAUCUUCUGCUGCAUGUAAUGAAAAGAAUUAUGUAGUUAUGAUUGAUGCUGGUUCAACUGGUUCAAGAGUUCACGUAUAUGAAUUUGAUACUUGUGUUUCUCCACCUAAAUUAUUAAGUGAAAAGUUUGAAAUGUUAAAGCCUGGUUUAUCAUCAUUUGAUACUGAUACUAAAGGUGCAGCUGCUUCAUUAGAUCCUUUAUUAAAGGUUGCAUUAGAUACAGUUCCAAAGGAAAAACAAGGUUGUACACCAGUUGCUGUUAAAGCUACUGCUGGUUUAAGAUUAUUAGGUAAAGAAAAAUCUACCAAUAUCUUGGAAGAAGUUAGAAAUCAUCUUGAAACUGAUUAUCCAUUUGCUGUUGUAUCAGGUGAUGGUAUUUCAAUUAUGGAAGGUAAAGAUGAAGGAGUAUAUGCAUGGAUUACUACCAAUUAUUUAUUAGGAAAUAUUGGUAAUAGUGAAAAGAAUCCAACUGCUGCAGUAUUUGAUUUAGGAGGUGGAUCAACUCAAAUUGUAUUUGAACCAGAAUUUCCAGAAAAUGAAGAAAUGAUUGAAGGUGAACAUAAAUAUCAAUUUACUUUUGGUAAUAGAGAUUUUACCUUAUAUCAAUUUAGUCAUUUAGGUUAUGGAUUAAUGGAAGGUAGAAAUAAAAUUAAUUCACUUGUGGUUGAAUCUCAUUUAGAAUCAAAUAAUGAAUUAAAAGCAGCCAAAGUUGGUAGUAAAAAGGAAGCUAAAGAAAUCAAAUCAUCAAGUAUAACUUUGAAGAAUCCAUGUAUUCCACCAGGAGUUAUUGCUAAUGAUGUCUUAGUUGAAUAUGGCAAGGAUGAAUUUUAUGUUGUUAAUUUUAAAGGUCCAAGUAGUUCAUCAGCAUCAACAUCAUCUCAAUGUAGAUCACUUGCAGAAAAAGUAUUAAAUAAAGAUGCUUCAUGUAGCGAAAAGCCAUGUUCAUUUAAUGGAGUUCAUCAACCUUCAUUAACUAAAUCAUUUAGAAGAACCAAUGAUAUGUUUGUAUUUUCUUAUUUCUAUGAUAGAACCAAUCCAUUAGGAUUCCCAUCAUCAUUUAGUGUUGAAGAAUUAAAAGAAUUAAGUAAGAUUGUUUGUAAUGGAUCUGAAUUUUGGAAAGAUGUUUUAUUAGAUGAAUCUAUUGCUGAAUUAAGUAAAGAACCUCAAUGGUGUACAGAUUUAUCAUUUAUUACUGCUAUGUUACAUACUGGAUAUGAUAUUCCAUUAAAUCGUGAAUUAAGAACUGCCAAAACCAUUGAUAAUAAUGAAUUAGGUUGGUGUCUUGGAGCUUCAUUACCAUUAUUAGAUAGUACUUCAUCAGGAUGGAAAUGUAGAGUUGAACAAGUAUCUAAGGAUUAG